AUGGACGUCGAUCGCGAGCCGCCUAAGGAGCAGCCGUCGGAGGAUAACAUGCCCCCGACGUCCGACUUUGUCAAGAAACUGUACAAGAUGCUGGAGGACCAGUCCUUCCACGACGUCGUCUCGUGGGGCCCGCACGGCGACUGUUUCGUCGUCAAGGACAUGAACGAGUUCACGAAAUCUAUCCUACCACGCAUGUUCAAGCACUCGAACUUUGCCUCGUUCGUCCGCCAGCUGAACAAGUAUGACUUUCACAAGGUCAAAAACACAGACGACACCCAAUUCGGGGAACACUCCUGGACGUUCCGCCACCCCGACUUCCACGCCGACCGCCGCGACGCCCUCGAAAACAUAAAACGCAAAGUCCCCGCCGCCCGAAAAUCCUCCUCCCGCACCGCCAACGCCUCCUCCUCCUCCGCUAACCCGCCCCACCCCUCCGGCUCUCCUUCGCCCUCCCUCGGCGGCGGGCUAGGGAGCGUGAAUGUGAGCGGGGCGACGAUCGAGCUGAUGCAGGCGCAGAUUGAGCGCCUGACGCAGAGUCAGAGCGAUAUGAGCGCGCAUAUUAGGAAUUUGGAGGGGAAUUAUCAGAAUGUGUUGGGGGAGAUGGUGCAGUUUCAGAAGAAUAUGGCGCAGCAGGAUGCGUUGAUGCAGAAUUUGAUAAGUUAUUUUUUGAGUAUGGAGAAUGGUAGGUGA